AGCGUCUCCGGCGGGACGCUGUUCUGACCGAGCACCCGGGACGGGAGAGAGGAGCGGUAGUCUCGGGCUUUUCAACCUUUGCCUAAAGAAACUAAAACCUUUUUAUAUGUUUGCUGAGCGGCUGAAAAAAAGAGGGAAGGGGGACACACACAUUUUUUUUAACUCACGAGCUCCGGUCGUCACAGAACGAGGCGACACGUAAUCGCGUUUUAACGGACUUGCGGAAGAAAGUUUGGUUAAAUCCCUGCGCUGUCCGCGUGCACAGGUGAGACGGGUGCCGCUCUAAUUCCCUCCGACAACGACACUAUAUGGUGUUUUUUGAAAGAGACAUUUUGCUCGAAAUAUCUUUUUGUCUGAACUCUGCUUCGCAGCAUGUCUGCCGAGUGUCCCGCUGCGUAACCAGUUCGUCCAGCUCCGCGGGGAGUUUCGGCUGCUGCUUGACUUACUUCAGGUAACCCGCUUCCUCCAACACCCCCCCCCCCCCCCCCCCACCUGCAGAAAUAGUUUCACAGUUAUGGCCGGUUUGAGCAAUUUCCACAUGAAGACCCUGGAGGACCUGACGCUGGACUCUGGCUAUGGAGCGGGGGACUCCUGCAAAUCCCUCAGCUUGUCCUCCUCCAAGUCCAACUCCCAGGCCUUCAUGACCGCCCCUCACCGGGGCAACUGGUGGUACUACUCCGGCUCCAUGAACAGCAGGAACAACAGCUGGGACACGGUCAACACGGUCCUCCCGGAGGACCCGGAGGACAUCUUCUCCAAGUGCCACCGCCUGCCCGAGUUGGAGGAGUUCCCCUGGAUGGACGAGGAGGUGGCCAGGAUACUGCGCAAAGUGGCCGGCGGUUGGGGCGUCAAAGGCGGCCACGCGGCGGCCUUCUCCCCGGAGGCCGCGCGGCGGCUGUCGGCUCUCCUCCGCCGGGCCCUCAUCCGCGUCUCCCGCGAGGCGCAGCGGCUCAGCGUCAUGCACUGCCGCUGCACGCGCUUCGAGGUGCAGAGCGCCAUGCGGCUGGUGCUCAGCUGGUCCCUGGCGGACCAGUGCGUGUCCGCCACGGUCAAGGCCAUCUCCAUGUACAGCAUGAGCGCCGGGGAGCUGCUGAGGAAGGGCAAGUCCUCCCGCUGCGGCCUCGCCUUCUCCGUGGGACGCUUCUUCCGGUGGAUGGUGGACACCCGCAUCUCCGUGCGCAUCCACGAGUACGCGGCCAUAUGCCUGACCGCAUGCAUGGAGGCGCUGGUGGAGGAGAUAGGAGCCCGGGUGCUGAUGGCCGAGAGGGGUCAUUCGGGCCCGGAGUCGUGGCUGGCAGGGGCCCCGGUUAGCGCGGAAGCCCUGGAGGGGGUAGUGAACAAUGACGCGGAACUUUGGGGAGUCCUGCAGCACUACGAGCACCUGAUCUGUGGGAAGAACGCCAAUGGAGUUCUGUCUCUCCCGGCCCAUUUCAGUCCCUACACAGAGAACCAGCAGACGUCUGUGGACAGCAGGGAAGACGCCUAUGCCCAGCUAGAGCUGAGGACGCUGGAACAGUCCCUGCUGGCCACCUGUGUGGGCAGCAUCUCUGAACUCAGUGACUUGGUGUCGCGUGCAAUGCACCACAUGCAGCGCCUGAGCUCAGUGCGCCCGGGCUCGAGUCCAGCACGCCACGCCCGUCCCCAACAGCCCGUGUCCUGGUCGCCGGACGCCCUCCACACCCUUUACUACUUCCUGCGCUGCCCACAAAUGGAGUCUAUGGAGAAUCCCAACUUGGAUCCCCCACGCAUGGCACUCAGCAAGGAGAGGCCGUUCCUGUUGCUGCCGCCUCUGAUGGAGUGGAUGAGAGUGGCUAUAGUUCAUGCCGAGCAUCGCAAGAGCCUAUUGCUGGAUAGCGAUGAUGUGAGACAAACUGCCAGGCUACUCCUUCCAGGACUGGACUGUGAACCGAGACAGCUGAAGCCUGAAUGUUGCUUCAGCUCCUUUAAGCGUCUGGACUCCAAAGCUGCAGCAGACAAGUUCCACCUCGACUUGGGUUUCCGGAUGCUCAACUGUGGACGCACAGAUCUCAUUGGCCAAGCUAUUGCUUUUCUGGGCUCCGAUGGGGUCAACAGCAUGGACGACCAGGGCAUGACUCCGCUGAUGUACGCCUGCGCAGCCGGAGACGAGGCCUUGGUCCAAAUGUUGAUCGACGCCGGCGCCAACCUUGAUGUUGCGGUUCCUCCGUGCUCCCCAAAGCACCCGUCCGUGCACCCCGACAGUCGCCACUGGGCCGCCCUCACCUUCGCCGUGCUGCAUGGACACAUCUCCGUAGUGCAGCUCCUGUUGGAUGCAGGGACCAACGUUGAGGGGGCCGCUGUACGCAACGGGCAGGAGAGCACGGCAGACACCCCGCUGCAGCUCGCUUCAGCAGCAGGGAACUAUGAAAUGGUUAGUUUUCUCCUGGCGCGAGGUGCCGACCCCUUAUCCAGGACUCACGAUGGAAACGCCCUCACGUCGUCCCUCUAUGAAGACAUGAACUGCUUCAGUCAUGCCGCCGCACAUGGACACAGAAACGUGCUGAGAAAGCUGCUGACUCAGCCCCAGCAAGUCAAAGAGGACGUCCUGUCUCUGGAGGAAAUCUUAGCCGAGGGGGUUGAGGGCGAGGAGGCCGGUAUCUGCCCUUUCCUGCCCCCCUCCCCUCUGCCCACCCCUUCCUCUGGCCACGGGAACCUACCAGAGGUGGGCAUAGCAAGGCUGUGCAAGGCCAGGAUGAAGGCGCUGCAGGAGGCCAGCUACUACAGCGCAGAGCACGGCUACCUGGAUGUCACCAUGGAGCUACGAGCCAUGGGUGUACCAUGGAAGCUACACGUGUGGCUGGAAUCUCUGCGUUGUGCCCAGUAUCAGUCCAGGGCAGGAGUCACCCUCUCGCUCCUCAGAGAGUUCACCACGAUCAAAGAAGAGGACUACUGCGAGGAGCUGGUCACCACAGGGCUGCCCCUGAUGUUCAGCAUCCUACGUACCACCAAGAAUGAUGCCAUUCUGCAUCAUUUGGCGAUUAUUUUUAGCCACUGUUUUGGUCCCGCCCCGCUCCCAGGCAUCCGUGGGAUGAAGGCAACUCUUUCAGCACAGUUGGACCCUCAUUUCCUGAAUAACCAGGAGAUGUCAGAUGUGACUUUCGUAGUGGAGGGGAGACCGUUCUAUGGCCACAGAGUCCUGCUGAUCACAGCUUCUGACCGAUUCAAGUCUCUGCUGGCGUGCUGUGGACCAGAUGGAAGCCCCAACAAGAAGAUUGAGAUUAGUGACAUCAAGUACAACAUUUUCCAGAUGAUGAUGUCAUACCUGUACUGUGGCGGAACAGACUCACUGAAAACAGUUGUGCCUGAUUUGCUGGAGUUGAUGUCAGCUGCUAGUCUGUUCCAGCUGCGGAUGCUACAAAGACACUGUGAACUCAUCUGCUCCCAGCUCAUCAACCUGGAUAAUGCCGUCAGCAUCUACAAGAGGGCGAAGGCCCAUGGUUCAUUGGAACUCAGCUCUUUCUGUGAAGGUUACUUCUUGCAGCAGAUGCCCGCUCUACUGGAGAGGGAGGGCUUCAGGAGCCUGCUGCUGGGACCCCCCGCCACCCGACAGGGGAACACCUCCACCUCGCUUCCCAGCCGGGGAGACUCGCCUCUCGAGGAGCUGCAGGCCACGCUGGCUCAGCGGCUACGCUCUCUCUGCGUCACUUCCCGGGUCUGAGGAAAGCGGACGGAAAUAAUGGCGCGGCAGUUUAAGGUUCCUCUUAUCACUGAUGGAGGAUCAGAUGUUAAAGAUACUGUUGAAAUGGUUUGAGUUCAUGCUUUUCUUAGUGACAGUGAUUUGACACUGGGACAGAGAUCAGUAAGUUCAUCUGGCAGCAGUUAGAAUCUACUAUGUGGACAAUUCAGCAUUUCAUAUUUUGUGCCAGGCACUUCAUCUUGAAUUCAUUGCAGUGGACGGCUUGUUUAUGAAGAAGAAAAUUGGUCAAUGUCAUGUUUUUUCCCCCCUAAAGCUCUGGAAGCUUUAAGCGAGGGGCAACCGAUGGAUGUCACAGGUGGGAACUCUGAAUUAUGAAACACUGCUGCUCUCUACUGGACAAAACUGGCAAAAAGACUAAUUCCCUCGGAGGGUUUGGGAUCCAUCGCCCCCUCCUGGUUCUGACUGGCGCUGUGUAACAAAUAGACUGACUUGAGUGGGGCUGCCAUGCUGGACUUAUGGCUUUGUCCUGUUAUCAUAAUGUAGAAUGGGAGGACAAAGGUAGACGUGGUGCCUCAAGCAUUGCCGUUCAUUUUGGAUUAACAAAUGUACUUUUUAUGUAUCUUAAUGUUUUUAUUUUCUAUUUUUUAAAGGUGUUUCUGGCAAAACAAAGUUAAGAGUGGGAUGGACAUUUUCUAUUUAAUGAGAAAAAAGAUGCGAAAGUAUUUAACGGGGUGUUCCCUUUUUUAUUGUUUUUAAUCCAAGCAAAUUAUUAAUAUUAUUGAUGAAAACUUGCUUCUGUGUAUCUGUUGUUCCAGUUAAUUAAGCUUAUGGUAUGCUGAGGUUUAAUGCUUCUAUACAGCAAAGUCUAACGUGGGAUUUGGAAAACAUUUGGUCUGUUUUAAUGGUGAAAAUUGUAAUAAACCUGUUAAACAAGC